AAUCUUCGCUUUGGAAACCGGUACACUAAUCGGACAUCAAUGCACCAUGCGAUCUGUGAGGAAAUCUAUGGCUAGACCUGUUUCCAGCUGUCCAACCGAUGCAGGAACUCGUGCUUCGAUCGAUCGUCAGGGAUGCCUUCUCUCCUCUUACCAGUCAACAUCAUCCUGGCAGAUACUUAGCGUUCGAAGAUUUGCAGCGAUGAGUAACGCGCUUGCGGACCUACGAGUGCUGAAUAGAAGGACAAUCCCCUUCGUCACGUCUUUGCGCUUCAUGGGAACGGUCACGACACAGGCCAUGAAAUGCACUGACAGUGAAAAAUAUUCUCGAAGAACAGAGUCUGCCCCUUUGUCUUCAUUACCAGACUUCGAUCGCGUAGUACAAGAGGCCGAUCGAUUGUCCCAACUAGCUGAGCAGUCGAAAAAGUCUAUUUCAGAGGAAAAUGCUUCACAAGCAAUUGUGGCUGCUCGGGACUUGUUGUCAAUUGCGAAUCAGUUCAACUACCAGAAGAUGGACGAUAAGGAAGCAAUGGAAGAACAGCGGGUGGCGAGUUUGCAUCGAGCCUUCCUGUCGAUUACGUCCUGGUGUUUAGACUUUAUACUAGAAGGGAGUUUGUCGUUGGAAGACUCAAAAGAACUUCUCGACCAGACCGUUGAUCUAGCACGGCGCGCAUUCAACUUGUCCCUUCCCUUCCACCUUCCACUAUACCAACGAUUGAUGAAUACGGUUGCAAAGCACGACACCAGAAAGUCUGAUACAGCUGAUACAAUUUUGGAAAUAUCUUCUUGGGCAACGGUCAUGCUGGACACACCGAUUCCGGCUACCUUUUUCGAUACAGUUCUUCAAACUUUGUCGUCGCAGAAACGUUUUGGUCAAGUCACCAUUGUGCUGCGUGGCAUGCAAGCGCGGCAUGCAAUUCAGGGAGCUAGUAUUGCAACAGCAGCGGACCUUUUGAACACCGUUAGCAAUUCUAUAGAAACACACUCGCAGGACAGCUCAUUUUCAGAAACGGAAGCUACCGAGCUGAUAAAUGAGCUCGAGGAGUCAAUAACUUCGGCGUUGGAGCAUUCGGACACCUCCGAGUCAAUCCGUGAACGGAUUGACGCUCUCUUUCGUCAGCUGAACAGUCCAGCCAAUCCAAACGAUGGCAAAGGAAAUCUGGCUAGCUUUGAUAAAGAAAGAUGGAAGGAUGCCCUUGUACUCGAUAUCGCUACCUUAAACCAGCGUCAUGACAAAACGAAAACGCUGUUGUCAGACUUAACGAAAGACACUCAGAAACUCGUAGAGAAACCUUUGUUUCGACGGGUUGGCCAAUAUAAUCGCGGAGAUGAAAUUAUUGAAGUCGUGCAGGUGCAGGAUAUAUCAGACAGUGACGACACGGACGAUUCGACGGAUCCGGAUGAUCUGUUGUACAUGCGUGACAGUGAAAAGUACAGGCUACCCGACAUCACUGAAUACGUGGAAGAGUUGAACGGAGACAAGAAGUUGCUGUUUACCGAGGAAUACGAAGACACGCUGUGGCUAAGGGACUACGACAAUAACAUAGCAAUGUUCGAGAGC